CAGCCAACCUUGCCGAGGUCCUUACCUAUCUAUGUGCAAAUGAAGCCCAAUUCAAUGAGUGGUCGUUUCGAAGAGGUCUACACCAGAUAUGAUUUGCUAGACCAUUGAUAUAGCGACGUAUAUUACCAAGAGACAUACGAACAUUCGGUUACGAAAGGAAUCUAAUAGAAGACAACGCAAUUGACGCAUCUCUACCCUUAUUCCACAAGCAUGGCAACCGAUAAUAAGUUCCCAUCCGUUGAUGAGGUUGUCAAGACAGAUGCCUUUCCAACAGCAGUAUGGCAGCUCGAACCACACCGUGAUGGGAUGUUGCCUGUCGCGGCUGGGAGAGGCGGGCCGUUUAAUAUUCACUGGGAGGUUCACGGUGAAGGCCCUGUGAAACUUGUACUCAUCCAAGGCUUGGGAGUGCUCAAGACAUCGUGGCAGAGACAGACCAUGCAUUUCGGGCACCUUAACAGUGAUCGGUACUCCGUCCUUCUCCUCGACAACAGAGGGAUGGGUCGCUCCGAUAAGCCGUUGAUGCGGUAUAGCACGUCGGACAUGGCAGCUGACGCCCUCGAGGUACUGGAUCACCUUUCUUGGACCGAGGAUCGCCAAUUGCACAUAUGCGGCAUCAGUAUGGGAGGCAUGAUCGCACAAGAACUUGCUUACGUUGCGCCUCAUCGGAUAGCUAGUUUGAACCUACUCUGCACAGCGGCGGCAAUAGAAAACACGACGAGCUUCUCAGAGAACAUGAUCAACCGCAUCACGAUGUUGCUUCCAAAGAGCCUCGACCGCACAAUCACCUACACAGCAGAGGUUCUCUUCCCCAAAGAUUGGCUCGCAGGACCCGAUGACACCACCUUACCCGAUGAAACUGUGCCACGGUGCCACCCGCCCGUAGGCGGUUGGCCUUAUCGCCGUUUCGCUAGCAAUUACGCCCGGUUCGCGGCGCAGGAGGUGGCGAAGCAACGGGACCGCGAAGGCUUCACGAGGCCUGGUUUCCUACUGCAAACUAUCGCUGCUGGCUGGCACCACAAGUCGGAGACGCAGCUGCGUGAAAUAGGGGACAAAGUCGGUCGUCAGAGGAUUCUCGUACUUCACGGCACCGACGACGGGAUCAUCUCCAUCCCUCAUGGAAGAAAGCUAAUCGAGUAUCUACAGCCUGGUAAAGGCCUCAUAGUUGACGGCAUGGGUCAUGCCCCCAUUGUGGAAAGGACGGUGUGGUUCAACGAGUUGCUUGCUGAGAUGUGCAGCACAGGCGAACUAUUAAGCGGGCGUUAGACAGCCUUGAUGGCUCAUGGUUGGACAGAUCAUUUGGAUGAUACAUCUUAGUUCAUUGUUUUAAGCAAACUCAACGCUUUGCUGAGCGAGAACGCCAAGGCGCCCAGUGGUAUCUAAUUCACAAACCUCUCCCUAAUUCAA